GACUUUUGAGAGCAUGGGUUUUGUGGCAAAUAUGACAAGCCUUGUUCAAUACUUUUUGUUUGUGAUGCAUUUUGAUCUUGAAACUGCUGCAAAUACCCUCACCAACUUCAUGGGUUCCGCUUUCUUGCUCUCUCUUCUUGGUGGAUUCCUUUCCGACACCUACAUCAAUCGUCUCACCACAUGUCUCAUUUUUGGCUUCCUCGAAGUCAUCGCAUUGAUAUUGAUUACAGUCCAAGCUUAUUCCCACGACCUCCUUCCGAGUCCCUUAUGCCCAAAGGACUGUGUCAAAGGUCGCAUCGCCUUCGUAUUCUACACCUCACUGUACCUACUAGCGAUUGGGUCUGGAGGGGUACGAGGGGCUCUACCGGCGCUGGGGGCGGACCAAUUCAACCAAAAGGAUCCAAAGGAGGCCAAGGCUUUAGGAACAUUUUUCAACUAUAUGUUGCUUAGUGUUGUGCUUGGAGCUGCUGUGGGAGUUACUGUGAUUGUUUGGGUUGCUGUGAAUAAAGCUUGGUAUUGGGGCUUCUUCAUUUCAGCUUUGGCUGCCCUUGUUGGCUUCAUCAUUUUUGCCAUUGGAAAACCCUUUUAUAGAAUUCAAGUUCCUGGUCAAAGCCCAAUUUUGAGGGUUAUUCAGGUUAUUGUUGUGGCGAUCAAAAAUCGACGGCUACGAUUGCCAGACACCCCAAAUGAAUUGUACGAGAUUAGUGACAAAGUUUAUAUGGAUUCAAUUCACUAUAAAAUUGUUCACACCAACCAACUCAGGUUUCUUGACAAGGCUGCAAUUGUUCCAAAGGACAUAGAACCACAGCCAUGGAAUGUUUGUAGUGUAACACAAGUAGAGGAAGUGAAGAUCAUAACAAGAAUGGUGCCAAUUUUCAUUAGCACCAUCAUCAUGAACACUUGUUUAGCACAACUUCAAACGUUCUCAGUUGAACAAGGCAACACAAUAAUCAUGGACAAAAGCCUUGGCCAUUUUCAGUUCCCAGCUCCAUCAAUUCCUGUUAUUCCAUUGGUCUUCAUGGCCUUCCUCAUCCCCCUCUAUGAGUUCGUCUUCGUCCCCUUCGCUCGAAAAAUCACUCACCACCCAUCCGGUAUUACUCAGCUCCAACGCGUUGGAGUUGGCCUGGUGCUCUCAGCGAUAGCAAUGGCGGUGGCCGGGCUCGUGGAGGUGAAGAGACGACAUCAAGCGAUAAAGCACCCAGACGAGCCGAUAAGUUUGUUUUGGCUAGCCUUUCAAUAUGGGAUAUUUGGAAUAGCAGACAUGUUCACCCUUGUAGGGUUGCUGGAGUUUUUCUACAAGGAAGCCCCCGUGGGAAUGAGGUCCCUUUCAACUUCCUUCACAUUUCUCUCCCUAGCUUUGGGUUAUUACUUGAGCAGCAUCUUUGUGAAUAUUGUCAACAAAGUCACUAGAAAUAUAACCCCAAGUAAGAGGGGUUGGGUUGAAGGUCUUAUUCCCGAGGACUUGAACCAUAACAACCUUAAUCUAUUUUAUUGGUUUUUGGCCAUUCUUAGUGUUUUGAACUUUUUUCACUACUUGUAUUGGGCGUCAUGGUAUAAGUACAAGACCGAGGAACCAAUUGAGGAGUUGAACAGUAAAGGAGGAGAGACAACUAAGGAGCCGAUUGCGGAGUUGAACAGUAAAGAAGGAGAGACGAUGACUAAGGAGCCGAUAGCAGAGUUGAACAAACAAGGAGAAGAGAUCAAGGAGCCGACUGCAGAGUUGAAUGGUAGAGGAGAGGGAGAGACAAAGGAGCCAAAUGUGGAGUUGAAUGGAGGAAGAGAGACCAAGGAGCCGAUUACGGAGUCGAACGAAAGAGGAGGUGAUGAUGUUCCUAUUCUUCACAAGGAGGGGAACGGAGAAGAUGCCAAGACUCACCAUAGUGAAGAAAAAGAAUCAAAUUUGUGAUGUGAAGGUGGAUAUGGAUCGAAAAGUUGGGUAAUUCGCUCUAUUGAACAUAUGAAAUAGAAUUGUCUUACAUAAUUACUGAAGCUUUCAGAUAAACUUUAUUAUCUUUGGUUUCUAUAUGGAUUUGAUCGACGUUAAGUUACUUAAAGUUUUGAUGGUUU